UUAUUCAAAAACUUUCAAACUUUAUUUGUAUAAACUAUGAAAAUUUAUACUCAUUUUAAGGCCUUUUGCAUGGCCUCUUCAUUCUAUAUUUAUACCGUAUAGAGCGCUAUAUUAAGUUGACUGAGAUACACACACACAGACAAACGUGAACAUAACUCUCAAAAACACUCAUUUAGAUGUUCCCUAUUGAUUUAAACCUAAAAUCAGUGCGUACUAAAUAAAUUCGGCAAGAUAGCGUUUAAUGGGAUCGACAAAGAUUAUUCAGUGGACAGCAGUCAAAGUGUUAAGAGUUAAAUAAAGUUUUUUUUCUUUUUUGUAUUUGAAUUCGUUUGAUUAUACCUACUCAUAUUUUUCAUUGAACUAUUAAUAUAAAUCUUUACAAUAGAAAUAUGCCGAAUUGUAGUUUUCAAGCAGAAAGCAUUCCUUUUAAGGAAAUCGAUAAGCUGGCUAUAUCGGGUGGAUACUCAGCAUUUUAUCCUGCGUCUGAACCAUCUGUGCCGGUAGUUGGGGACUGGAGGAGACGUUAUUGUUCGUUAGCGGACACAUUUAAGCCAGUUCUAGAUCGGGUCUAUAAUUUCGAAGUUCGUGAAGACGAUGUUUUUAUAGUGACCAGUACAAAGUGUGGCACAACAUGGGCCCAAGAGAUGACAUGGCUUAUAAUGAAUGAUUUCGAUUUCGAAAAGGCCAAAAGUGUAGAUUUAACAUUACGAUCGCCAUUUUUAGAAUUUAACGGCGUAGUUCCAAAUGUACCGCACGAUACGAUCAAAGAGGCAAAUAAUUUAAAAUCCCCUCGUCUACUAAAGUCUCAUCUACCCGCAAUGCUUUUACCGCAGCAAAUUUGGACUAAGAAACCAAAGGUUAUUUACGUAUUUCGGAAUCCAAAGGAUGCGGCAGUCUCAUAUUUCCAUCAUUGGCGCGGUAUGGUUGGUUACAAGGGGUCCAAGGAAGAUUUUGUCCAAUCAUACAUAGAUGGUCAUGUUAAUUUUAAUCCAUUUUGGCCACAUGUUUUGGACUUUUGGCAAAUGCGAAGCAGUUCACAUGUUUUGUUCACGAGCUACGAACGAAUGAAGGGUAAUUUAUCUGAAGUCAUUAAAGAAGUUUGUCAGUUCUUAAAUAAGGAAAUUACACCCGCUCAACUUUCUUCGUUAGUCGAACACUUAUCGUUCGAUAAUAUGAAAAAUAAUCCAGCUUGCAAUCACAUUAAAGAAUUUGAAAGUAUGAAGGCUGCUACCGGUCGAAAAGUCGAUGAAUUUAGGUUUGUUCGAAGAGGUAUUGUCGGCAGCCAUAAAGAUGAACUGGCAUCCAAUGUUAUACAGGACUUUGAUGAAUGGAAUGAUGAAAACUUAAGAGAAUACAAUUUAUCUAUUAACGAUUUCACCGAAUAUUCGAAGUACCAGAGUUAAAGGCAAUUAAGAGUGAUUUUUGUCGUAAAUGUAUGAAAUUUUAUUUUCGGUGCCGAUUACGGUGUAUGCGGAAAUAUGCCUUAAAUGGAAUACUGAGUGUGUGAUGAAAGUUUUUAAUACUUUAUUUAUUAAUUUUUAUUUUAAAUUGUAAUGCUUUCUCUUCAAAUGUCAAACUAUGAUUGACUAUGGAUUAAACAAUGAUAUUUUUAUUUGUUAAAAUAAUAAAUGUAUGAAAUAAUAAAGGAAAAAUAUUGGAUAAUUUACAAUAAAGGAAAAUGGC